GGGCCCUUGGCGGGCAGGCGCGAGACCCGGCGGGGGUCUGGAGCAGCCAGUGCUCGGGGGGCAGCGAGGCCCUCCUCGUCCCUCGGAGGACUAUGAACAAGGAUGAGAUCACGUGUGUUGGAAGGUGCUGGAUUUCAUUCCCCAGAUCCUAUCAGACCUGAGAACAAUUGCUCUGAGGCUUGUUAAUAUUUGUAGCUGGAAGAGUCUAUUUUUAAAAUUACAGAGAGAUUCCAGAUUGGAAAGGGAAGCAGUGGUUAAUGAGAAUUGUGAACAGAAAGGGAAAGACAGAAGGACUGAGAAAUCCAGUUAUGUCUUGGUGGACAGGACAGAUGCAGCAGUCUUCAGGGCCUGUUUGCCGAAUGUGCCUCCAAGAACCAGGAGAUCCUGAAAAGUUAGGGGAGUUUCUGCAAAGAGAUAACCUCCAUAUCCAUUAUUUCUGUCUUUCUGUCUGUUCUACUGCCUUCUAGAUCCUCUCCAGUGGGCUGCCCCAGCGGGGCCGGGCCAGUGAUGGCUUCCAUGGAUUCUUACCUGAGGACAUCAAAAAGGAGACAAGCCGUGCUGCUAGGAAGACCUGCUUUGUGUGCAAGAAAAAGGGAGCUGCCAUCUUCUGCCAGAAGGAAAGGUGCCGAAGAAACUUCCAUUUACCCUGUGGCCGAGAGAGAGGCUGCAUCUCGCAGUUUUUUGGAGAGUACAAAUCAUUUUGUGAAAAACAUCGCCCAACACAGGACAUUCAACCAGAGAAACGGGCAGAGGAGGACUGCAUCUUGUGUUGUGAAAGUUUAUCUGGAGGGAAUGAUGAUAACAUUCAGAGUCCGUGCUGUAGUCGUAUGAUAUACCACCGAAAAUGCAUACAGAAAUAUGCCCAUUCAUCAGCAAAGCAUUUCUUCAAAUGUCCUCAGUGUAAUAAUCGAGAGGAAUUUCCUAAAGAAAUGUUAAGAAUGGGAAUACAUAUCCCAGACAGAGAUGCUGCCUGGGAACUUGAGCCAGGAGCUUUCUCAGAAUUAUAUCAACGCCAUCAACACUGCGAUGCUCCAGUUUGCCUUUAUAAAGAUGGAAGAGACAACUUUGAGAAUGAGGGGAAGUGGAGCCUCAUUUUGUGUACUACUUGUGGAUCCCAAGGAACCCACAGAAGUUGUUCCUUUCUUAGGAUCAACUCUAAGAAGUGGGAAUGUGCAGAGUGUAUAUCAACAGGUGAAAUCCCUGGUUGCAGUAAAACCAUAAGUCCCAGAAGGCAUUUUUACAGAGAGACUGGGCAAAAUAGUUCCCAGGAAGAAAAUCCAGGGCCUUCCUUAAGAGAAAGGCCAGGACCCUCCUUUUUACAAGAAAGUUCAGAACUCUCCUCGCCAGAAAAGGCAGAACCUUCCUAUUGGGAAAGGAGAUCCACAUGGCAAGCGAAGCAUGUCAAAAUCUCCAAACGCCACAAAAAAAAAGAGUAAUAUCUCAUCAGGAAAAGAUACAAGCACCA